GCUUGUUUCUGUCCGUGCAGUAUAUGUGGUUGCACUGUAACGUUUGGACGGAAAUGGCUGAUGCAGCUGCUGUCAUGUACUCAAGCUAAUGUUGGUGAUGUCGUGUAAAUGUCCAGAGAACUGACACGCUGAUGCUGUGAACGUAAAGAAAACACGAACGAUGGGCGAGUGGCGCGUGGAGUAACUCUGUGAUCUGCUGUAGUCUUUGUGUCUGCCUGUGGAGCAGCUGCGUCCUCCUGAUUUUUCUAAAGUGUUCGUAGAUUGAGGCGACCAUGGCCUCCGAUCUGAAGCAGAUGAGCGGAGAGACCUACACGCUUUCAGGAUCUAAUGGACUGAAUGGGGCGAAAUCACCAGACGUUGGAGCCGGUGAGCGUAGCCACACAAGCAGGCUGUCACGAGCUGGCAGGAUGGCCUUGGAUAUGCAGGGCAAAUGUGCUGCAUACGUGUUGGCAUUAAGACCCUGGAGUUUCAGCGCCUCUCUCACACCUGUGGCUCUGGGCAGCGCUUUAGCCUACAAACUGGAUGGCUCGGUGGACCUCCUCAUUCUCCUGGUCUGUGCCGUCGCUGUUCUGCUGGUCCACGGGGCUGGGAACUUGGUGAACACCUACUAUGAUUUCUCAAAGGGAAUUGACCAUAAGAAGAGUGAUGAUAGGACUCUGGUGGAUCAGAUCCUGAAGCCACAGGAUGUGGUGAUGUUUGGGGCAGUGUUGUACUCUGCAGGAUGCCUCUGUGCCACUGUGUUGUUCUUCUUGUCCACACUGAAACUGGAGCAUUUAGCUCUCAUCUAUUUCGGAGGACUGUCAAGUUCUUUUUUAUAUACUGGAGGCAUAGGACUGAAGUAUGUUGCUCUGGGGGACGUAGUCAUCCUCAUCACCUUUGGUCCUCUGGCAGUUAUGUUUGCCCAUGCGGUGCAGGUGGGCUACCUUUCAGUGUUGCCGCUGGUCUAUGCCGUACCGCUAGCGCUGAAUACCGAAGCUAUCCUGCAUAGCAACAACACUCGAGACAUGGACUCGGACAGGCAGGCGGGUAUCGUGACCCUGGCGAUCCUGGUGGGACCUACGCUCUCCUACAUCAUCUACAAUCUGCUGCUUUUUGUACCCUAUUUGCUGUUCUGCAUCUUAGCCACACGCUAUACGAUUAGCAUGGCUCUUCCUUUGUUGACAUUGCCUAUGGCCUUUCCUCUUGAGAGGCAGUUUCGCGGGCAGUGUUACGCGAAGAUCCCUCAAAAGACUGCAAAACUCAAUUUGCUAAUGGGACUCUUUUAUGUUUUUGGGAUAAUAUUGGCUCCACAGGGUAGCUUGCCAUUGUUGUGAGAUCCUUUUUGUUUCUUUUAAUUUUCUUUCCUGUUUGUUUUAAACAACCUUCGUUAAAAACUUUGUAUGUAUAGUAAUGCUAAACUAAAGUUGAAAGAUUUAUUCUUGUUAAUUUAUAUUUUGAUGUGAGCAAGUGCACUCAGUACAGUGCUAAGGUACCUAGGUUGCCACAGACUUCAGUAUUGUUAUAGUAGACGAGUGUGAAAAUGAAAAGAUAUGUAUGAUGUACUUGUGAUUUAAACAAUUUUCAAUAUAUUUAGGACACUUCUCAUUUUAUGUUUUUGUAAACAUGAGCAAGAUGUUUUCUAAUUGUUCUUGAUUGUAAUUUUAUAAAAACCAGUCUCAAAAUCAAGUAUCAAAUCUAAGACUGUAUCCGUGACUCUAGAAGACAAAGAUACUAGCCACCUAUACUGAGUAUUUUCAUGAAGGUAAAUUAUCGGUAAAUAAUGGUUUAGGUGUAGUGUCAUUGACUAUGUCCUGGGUUUUGCCAAAGCCUUUACCAAAAUAAAUUUGUAUGAAUACCACA